AGUUACGUUGAAAUAAUUAAAUCAGACUCGCACCAUUUAUCAGACUCGUGUCAUCACGAUAGGGAAAUCCCCACCAGACGGUACAAAUGAAAUAAAUGAUUCGUAGGCGAGGGUGCUUAUGAACGAUGGGAAAAUUGACUGCUGGAUCUUUCCUGUUUAGAACGGGGGACAUAUUGUUUCAUCCGUCUGCCGUCGCUUCAAAACUUUUCUCAACAAAAAUUAACGUUAGGUCAUUAGUAGAAUGUAAAGUUGUAGCUAUCAAACCGUUUUGGAAACUCACAACAAAGCUCUCAAAUGUCAACUACAACAUUGACACGAAUUUGUCAGACAGAAUAAAAAUUACACAUGACGAAAAUCCCUCAAAUAAUCGAAGCAGGGUUGAAUCACUAGACAUAUUAGAAGAUGAUGUGACAGAAUCUUUGAUUAUUAGUGCAACCGGUCAUAAAAAUGAACAAACUUUGAACAUUUCUGUACCGCUUCGAGUAGAUCUGAAGGUUCUUGCAGAAGGAUGUGCAACGGGUAGCAUAUCAAAUAUGGAAAACAGUGCUCUAAUUGUCAAAGCAGAACAACAUAAUAUAAAACUCAUGAAUAUUAAGAGCAAUGUAGUUACUGUAGAAUCCAAUGAGCAUAUCUCAUGUUGCAAUUCAAUCAGAGGCGAUAUUAGUCUAAAGAGUGAAAGUGGAAAUAUAACAGCCAACAAACUCCAAGGAAACACAAUCUCAUUGUCAACCAGUGAAGGAUUAAUUUCUGUGGGAGAUCUGUAUGCAAAAGAUUUGUCUCUGGUUGCAGAUGAUGGCAGUAUUAGGAUUACAAGUAUCCAUGGCGAUGCUGAAUUGCAAGCAAAAGGUGAUAUAUCUGCAGGAACAGCUGAAGGGAAGUUUAAUGCAUGGUCAGAGGAUGGCAAUGUUCAGGUCUUUCUAACUGAUAAAGUCGAAUCAGCAGACAUUGUUACAAACACAGGCAACAUCUCUCUAGCAAUGUCUGAGAAACUAGGGUGCCAAAUUGACGUUGAAGCUCAAGAGAUCGAUGACACUGCAACAGCAUCUAUGUUCAAAGAUGUACACAGACAACAUCGAGGUCCAUGCUCAAGAUACAGGGCUGAAGUCAAUGGAGGUGGACCACGAAUAAGUGUAAAAGCCCUUGGAGGAAUGGUCAAGUUGAGCACAUCAUCAUGGCUAGAAGCAGUUUCUUUAUUCAAUGCGAAAAAUCAAUGACAUCAAGACUGCAAAGCAGUUGAAGUGAGAAU